GAAAUCCUAUUCUUAGAACAACCUACUCAGGAGUAUUACGCCCAGGAGGCUCAAAAGAGGACAUUAAACGAAAUCUGAUUGACGCAAGCCAAGCGCUUGAUCUGAUUAUAAUCGACAAAGACAAUCGAAACAUCGAUGAAGCUUUUGAAAACAAAAGUAUGGAACACUUCGAUUUAAAAUACAAAGGACCUGUUCGUUUUAUAUACCACGCAAAUGGUUCAUCUAUGCGAAUAGCAAUUGUCUGUUAUCAUAUAGCAUUUGACAUAACGGCUGUGGGCAUGUUGUUGAGAGAAUUCAUACAUGGUAUAAUAAGUUUCGAAACUUACGGUACCCUUGAUCGUCUUUCAAUACCAACAUCUCAAAAUAAUAAAUUAGUAGCGAAUAUAAUGGAUAGGAAACUAAAGUCAUCAUUUAAUGCGAUGGAACGGUUUUGGAAAAGAGAACUAUCUAAUGGGGUCCCUUUGAUUUCUAUCGAUUCUAGCAAAACAUGUAAAUUACAUGGACUUUCAGUUACAGCUCAGAGACCACUAUCUGAAGAACUACACAAUGAACUCCGCAAACUAAGCAAGACACUACGGACAACAACCUCUAAGAUAAUGAUAUCUAUGUAUCAACUAUUUUUGAGUCUUCGGUCUGGAAAUCGAAGAGUCUUUAUUACAUUACCCGAAGACCUUCGGCUUUCAUCAUUGCCAGAAGCUAAAAACAUCACAGAAACCGUAGUAAACCACAUUCCAAUUUUUUCAGACAUCGAACCUUCCAUGUCUAUGAAAGAAUUUCUUGUCACUAACUCCAAACACAUCAAUGACAUUCUUGACAACAGCCUGUUCCCCUAUGAUGAAAUAGAAAAACUUAUACCCGGGGAUGCAAACAAAGACUUGUACCGCCAUGUUUGUAAUAUAAACGACUAUACAUUUGUUGACCAAUUAAAAGCGAUGAAAAUGGGUGCUCCUUUGCAACUGGAAGAAAACAAUAAUGCUCAUAUUUUUGGCGAAUCGUGUAUAUUCGUUUUUUCCGAUCGGAUUGCCCAAACAACGUCAAUUAAGAUGCAGCUAUGUAAAGGAAUGUACAGUCAAUCUGAUGUAGAAGUUUGUCUGGACCAAAUUAUUGGACUUUUACAAGAAGCGGUUCUUCAACCCGAAAUUAAAAUUGGAGAGCUAAAAACUGAAACAUCUAAACGAAUAUUAGAAGGGAAAUUUAGAAGAGAAACAUCUACCGGAGGCCUUAAAGACGUGAAUGUGAAGUUUUUCAAACCGGAUAUUGAUGGCGUCAUGUUAAUGCUGGGAAAAAAGAAUAUAAUGAAAAGUGACGUCAUUCAGUUUAAUUUUGAAGAAAGGAAAAAGAGUGGUGUUCCUAUACUUAAACUAGAAACAAAGAAAAGGGUUUAUACAUUACAGUUUUUAGAAGACAACGUUAGCAGUUGGAAACAAAAUUUAAUUGAUCUGUACAGAAACUUUAGAUAAUUUGAAACACACAAUAAUAUUAUAUAUUAUACCUUUAAUUCCCAAACACUUUAGGGCAGAAAAGUCAAGUGAAAGCGAGUACCUGUCGGUACAGUGGUGUUAUAGGGGCUAUUUUAGGAUGUAAUGGUCAGUAACAACAAACAGAAAUAUUUUGCGGUGUAUAGUCGCAUGUUUAAUUAAAA